UUGUUUGUACACUGAACCCAGCUGCUGGACUAUUCCAACUCCUCUCAGCAGAGAAAACACUGGGACUCACUCUCUCUCUUUUCUUUGCUAUUUUUCCUAACUCCGCUUUUUCUUCUUCUCCACUUGUGUUACUGCUCUUUCCGUUUCUCUCUUAACCGAGAACUUUUUUUUUCACUCCAGUCCCUAUAGCUUUUCAGAGCUUUGUUUUAGCGCUACAAAUACAUAUAUAAUAUAAAUACAUAAACAAAUAUAUAUCGAAGAUUUUAGAUAUAUGCAAAUGAAAAGGCGUAAGAGAUGGAGCUGCAUAUUUUAGAGCACAGUUUAAAAGUAGCUAGCAUAGCAAAAGAAGGGAUCCAGUUUUUCACACACGGAUUAAUAAAACUCGCCUUUCUGCCCUCCAAAACAAGGUGUAAAUUCUUCACUCUGACAGAAACACCAGAGGACUAUACCAUUAUUGUGGAUGAAGAGGGGUUUAAAGAGCUGCCUGUGUCUGAGUUUCUGAGUGUGGCUGAGGCAACAUGGCUUGCACUGAACGUGGUCUCGGGGGGUGGGAGUUCCUCCAGCUCCCAGCCAAUUGGAGUCACCAAAAUUGCCAAGUCAGUUAUCGCACCGCUGGCUGAUCAGAACAUCUCUGUUUUCAUGCUUUCAACCUACCAGACCGACUUCAUCCUGGUGCGAGAGAGGGACCUGCCCCUGGUGAUGCACACACUCUCCUCAGAGUUCACUCUCCUGAGGGUCAUCAAUGGUGAGGCGGUGGCCGCUAACAGUCUUGGGAUGACCAAUGGUUUUGUCAAACCCAAACUCGUCCAGCGGCCUGUGAUCCACCCCCUAUCCAGCCCCAGCAACAUGUUCUGUGUGACCAGCCUGGAUCCAGACACCCUCCCCUCUGUCGCCACGAUUCUAAUGGACGUCAUGUUCUACUCCUCCGGGGUGAAGGAGUCUGCAGCACCCAGUGAUGAUUUGGAGUACAUCAGGUUCUUCUCCUUCUCUCUGAUCGAAGGCUACAUCUCCUUGGUGAUGGAUGAGGAAACCCAGAAGAGGUUCCCCCUUAACGUGCUCUUCACCAGUGCCUCCGGAGAGCUCUGGAAGAUGGUGAGGAUUGGAGGGCAGCCGCUGGGCUUCGAUGAGUGUGGGAUCGUGUGUGAUUGUCUGCCUGUCUCUCUCAGAUGAGUGUGGGAUCAUGUGUGAUUGUCUGCCUGUCUCUCUCAGAUGAGUGUGGGAUCAUGUGUGAUUGUCUGCCUGUCUCUCUCAGAUGAGUGUGGGAUCAUGUGUGAUUGUCUGCCUGUCUCUCUCAGAUGAGUGUGGGAUCAUGUGUGAUUGUCUGCCUGUCUCUCUCAGAUGAGUGU